AUGGCCUCCCAGAAAGCACGCCGUCUCAUUUUAACCACCGCAGUAGUCUCAAUCACCAUCGCCGGAACACUCUACGGCGCCGGUAUCAAGACCGAAAAAGAGGUUACCCAGACGGUUCAGCAAAAACGGGAAGCUACAAUAGACGAGCGAAUCGCGUCUCUUCGCGGCAUGCGGGAAAAUCUAGCGGCGAAGAAAGAACUUGUUGAACGGCAGAUGCACGAUCUAGAUGCUCGAAUUGAGGAAAGGAAACAGAAGGGUCUGGACGGGUCAAAGAGAGAGCCUCCCCAUAACGGUUAA